GGUGUGUGUGAGUCACGUGUGUCCUUGCAGCUCUGCUACGUCUAGUAGAGGUGACCUGCAGCCAGUCUUGACAGAAGCCUCAGAGAAGAGAGUCGUAUUCUUCCUUCCUUCUCUUUCUCCUGGUGAACACCGGCCUGUCCGCUGUACAACUCGCACAAUGGCUCAACCUUUAAGAGUCCUGGUGACUGGAGCUGCCGGUCAGAUUGCCUACUCUCUGCUGUACGGAAUUGCUAAAGGGGAUGUGUUUGGCAAAGACCAGCAACUGGUGCUUAUUCUUCUGGAUAUUACACCGAUGAUGGGAGUAUUGGGAGGAGUUGUAAUGGAGCUCCAGGACUGUGCCCUACCUCUGUUGAAAGAUGUGGUAGCUACAGACAAGGAAGAGGAGGCCUUCAAAGACCUGGAUGUUGCUGUCCUGGUGGGCUCCAUGCCAAGGAGGGAAGGAAUGGAAAGAAAAGACCUGCUGAAGGCUAAUGUGAAAAUCUUUAAAUCCCAAGGUGCCGCUCUUGACAAAUACGCCAAGAAGUCUGUGAAGGUGAUUGUGGUGGGCAAUCCUGCAAACACUAACUGCCUGACUGCAAUGAAGUCUGCUCCAUCCAUUCCCAAAGAUAACUUCAGCUGCUUGACCCGUCUAGAUCACAACAGAGCAAAAGCUCAGAUUGCAAAUCGUUUGAAGGUAGCAAAUGAUGAUGUCAAAAAUGUGAUCAUCUGGGGAAAUCACUCCUCCACUCAGUACCCUGAUGUUAGUCAUGCUGUUGCCAAUCUCAAAGGAAAGGACGUGUCGGUGUUUGAAGCAGUGAAGGAUGACAGCUGGCUGAAAGGGGAAUUCAUCUCGACUGUGCAGCAGCGUGGCGCUGCUGUUAUUGCAGCGAGGAAGUUAUCCAGUGCUAUGUCUGCUGCCAAAGCCAUCUGUGAUCAUAUUAAAGACAUUUGGUUUGGAACCCCAGAGGGGCAGCAUGUGUCCAUGGGUGUUAUUUCAGAUGGGAACUCCUAUGGAGUGCCCUGUGAACUUAUUUACUCCUUUCCUGUUGUAAUUAAGAAUAAAAGCUGGAAGAUAGUCGAAGGCCUAAAAAUUGAUGACUUCUCUCGUGGGAAGAUUGAUGCAACAGCCAAAGAACUUCAAGAGGAGAAAGAUACUGCUUUUGAGUUUCUCUCAAUUGCAUGACUAGAAACUAGUCCACCAAUGCACUUAACCAGUGAAAAUAUGAAAAGUAGUCUUUAGUAUCGCGUGCUAUUUAUGUCUAAAAUGGUCAAGUCAAACAAAAUCACUCACAUCUUUGAGUUUUGUACCUGUGACUAGUUCAAGCCAUUCCUGGUGGUUUUGAAACAAUAAAACACUGCUGGGUGUAGACACCAA